AAAUAGACAAUGUUAGAGGAAAGAUCAACUUCACUCUAUACAUUUCUUUUCAAAAUUUUAUUAACCGACAAGUGAUUGCUUGAAGAGUUUUCCAAUCAAUUUUUACUUAAUUUAAAAUUGUUCUAUUGGUUUAUUGUUGGAAAUUCAUUCGUGCUUGAAGUAUAUGCAUUUAUAUUCGUGGUCGAUAUUUGGACUGUUAAUAUUUGCUUUUGACCGAAAAUUGCUGUUUACUUUGAAAUUUUUGUCGAUAUUUACAUUCACACAAAUCAAUUUUGUAUCAAGUCAUUGUCAACAAAAUUCUUGUAAAUCAAAUUCAUUUUGGUGAAUCAUAGACAUAACUGAUAAACAAAGUGCGACAUCUGCAUUUGAAUACAUAGAAAAGUACGGAUAAUAAAACGAACGGACUGGCAAAAAAUAAUGAAUCGAUUGAGUAAAUGGAUAUGUGGAUGGCAGACUGUACUCACUGGUUGUUUACUCGUUGCACCGGUUUUCGUUUUAAGUGCAGAUCUAUUUCAACCACCUAAACAUAACUCUAAUUUAAUCAUCCCAACACAAUAUCCACAGCGAUACAUUCGAUUCCACCGGCAACAUACCAACAAUGCAAAAAACCUAGAAACCUUGAACUCGAGAAGUGUAUUAUCAAGCCAUGACGAUUUGAUGCACAACACGAUGAUAAAUGCAGAAAAACCAGUUGAUGCCAUACAUAAAAUGCAUCGAAUAGAGCAAUUGCAGCAAAAACAAGAACCAACCAUGUACAGUGAUCAGCAGCUUGAUGCUAAAAAUAAAAAUGCAUUUUUUGAUGAAGAUGAUGGUAAUAAUGUGAUGCGGCCUCACGGUCAACCGGGUAAUGUUCUUAGCACACAAUUUAUUGAUGAUGGUAAUGCGGAGAUGUUUAAAAGAAAUCCUCCGAUGAAAUUCAAUCGAUACAAAAGAAAUGUGACAAAGCCAAUGUCCUUUGCCGAACAUCUAAUAAGUAAAUUAUCGGCAAGUAAUGCUGCUGUGAAUUAUUCACAGUCAUAUUCGCCAGAUUUGUGGCUACCAUUGGAUAUUCAAGGUACAAUAUAUGACUAUUCAGUGGAUGUGAAUGAAAGAACAAGAAACAACAACAAGAACAUUAGAAGCAUAUUUCCUCAGCAGCCGCAUGUGGUCAUUUUGAAUGGACCACCGACUCGAAUCUAUGGCGCUGGAACAGAGUCAAAGUUUCCGCCAUUUCUUGAGUUUUUUGUUCAAAGAAUUCAAAAAUAUUUCUCAGUUUACAAAUAUGAAGAUUUGUCGAGACCAGUGCUUCCAUCACAAAUACCGACAGAUGAAGAUAGUGUUUACGUUGCAGACUCAGACGAUACAUCGAAUGUAACUGAGACAGCCUUAGAAGAAACAUGAAUUACUAUUUCUUUGUGCGAAACAUAAAUUACUAUUUCUUUGUGCGCUUGUUUAAAUCUAACAAUAGUGAUGACUAGCUAUCGUUUUUGUUUUGUUUUUAUUUAUUUAUUAUUGAUUAAACUGAAGCUUGUACAUGACAAUGAAUAAAUCAAGAGUAAAACUGA